GCCUAGCUGGCUCGAUCGCUCCUCCGGUCCCCGGCUGGACGGCUGCGAUGAGCCCUGGAAGCAAGAGUCAGGCUGCUGGGUGGCGGGAGCGGGCAAGUGGCGUUGGGAGUUCUGCUGGAGCUUGGGCGCUGAUUGUGGGCCUGCUGGCAGAUUCACUUUGCUCCCUGAAGCCAAGUGGAAGUGGGAGAGCUGUUGGGGAACAAGAAAGAAGGGGGUCCUAAUUGUUGCAGGCUCUGACUUUCCUAGGAUGAGGUGGGGCUGCCAUUUGCCCAGGACCUCUUGGGGCUCGGGUGUAGGAAGAACACCCCAAUCAUCAGAUGAGCAUAUCUCCUUCCUGACCCACCGGAGUUGGCCAUUUAAAGGGGUGCCUCCCCUUGGGUCCCCUAGGGCCUUUAUCCGUCACCAUGGAAACUCAGCAGACAGUGAUCCCCGACCAGGGAGGCAUGGACAGCUGUUCAGGAGCAUCUCUGCUACUGAAGCCAUCCAAAGGCAUCGCCGGAACCUCACAGAGUGGUUUAGCCGGCUGCCUAGAGAGGAACGUCAGUUUGGACCAACCUUUGCUCUAGACACAGUCCAUGUUGAUCCUGUGAUCCGCGAGAGCACGCCAGAUGAGCUGCUUCGCCCAUCCACAGAGCUGGCCACAGGGCAUCAGCGAACCCAUGCUGGGCUGCCCCCAUUGGCUCUGUCUCAGCUCUUUGACCCAGAUGCCUGUGGGCGCCGCGUGCAGACAGUGGUGCUGUAUGGGACCGUGGGUACUGGCAAGAGCACCUUGGUACGCAAGAUGGUCCUGGACUGGUGUUACGGGAGGCUGCCCGCCUUUGAGCUGCUCAUCCCCUUCUCCUGUGAGGACUUGUCAUCCCUGGGCUCUACCCCGGCUUCCUUGUGCCAACUUGUGACCCAGCGUUACACACCCCUGAAGGAGGUGUUGCCCCUGAUGACUGCUGCCGGAUCUCGCCUGCUCUUUGUGCUCCAUGGCUUGGAGCGUCUCAACCUUGACUUCCAGCUGGCAGGGACGGGGCUUUGCAGUGACCCAGAGGAACCCAGGGCACCAGCUGCCAUCAUGGUCAACCUGCUACGCAAAUACAUGCUUCCUGAGGCCAGCAUUCUGGUAACCACCCGGCCCUCUGCCAUUGGCUGUAUCCCUAGCAAGUAUGUGGGUCGCUAUGGUGAGAUAUGUGGCUUCUCUGAUACCAACCUGCAGAAGCUCUACUUCCAGCUCCGCCUUAACCAGCCUGACUGUGGAUACGGUGCAGGGGGUUCAGGUGUCUCAGCCACACCAGCUCAGCGGGACAACCUGAUUCAGAUGCUGUCCCGAAACCUGGAGGGGCACCAUCAGAUUGCUGCUGCCUGCUUCCUGCCCUCCUAUUGCUGGCUUGUCUGUGCUACCUUGCACUUCCUGCAUGCUCCUACCCCUGCUGGCCAGACCCUCACAAGCAUCUAUACCAGCUUCCUGCGCCUGAACUUUAGCGGUGAAACACUGGAUAGCACCCAUCCCUCCAAUUUAUCUCUGAUGGCCUAUGCAGCCCGAACCAUGGGCAAGCUGGCCUAUGAGGGGGUGUCAUCCCGCAAGACCUAUUUCUCUGAAGAGGAUGUCCGUGGCUGCCUGGAAGCUGGCAUCAAGACAGAGGAAGAAUUUCAGCUACUGCAAAUCUUCCGACGGGAUGCCCUGAGGUUUUUCCUGGCCCCGUGUGUGGAAUCAGGACACCUGGGUACUUUUGUAUUCACCGUGCCUGCUAUGCAGGAAUACCUGGCUGCCCUCUACAUUGUUCUGGGUUUACGCAAGACAGCCCUGCAGCGAGUGGGUAAAGACGUGGUUGAGUUUGUGGGCCGUGUUGGGGAGGAUGUCAGCCUGGUACUGAGCAUCGUGGCCAAGCUGCUGCCCCUGCGGAUUCUGCCUCUCCUUUUCAACUUGCUCAAGGUGGUUCCCCGGGUGUUUGGGCGCAUGGUGAGUAAGAGUCGCGAGGCAGUUGCCCAGGCCAUGGUGCUGGAGAUGUUCCGGGAGGAGGACUACUACAAUGACGAUGUUCUGGAUCAGAUGGGUGCCAGCAUCCUGGGUGUGGAGGGCCCCCGGCGCCACCCAGAUGAACCCCCUGAGGAUGAGGUCUUUGAGCUCUUCCCCAUGUUCAUGGGGGGACUUCUCUCGGCCCACAACCGGGCAGUGCUGGCUCAGCUUGGCUGCCCCAUCAAGAACCUGGAUGCCCUCGAGAAUGCCCAGGCUAUCAAGAAGAAACUGGGAAAGCUGGGUCGGCAGGUGCUGCCCCCUUCAGAGCUUCUUGACCAUCUUUUCUUCCACUAUGAGUUCCAGAACCAGCGCUUCUCGGCCGAGGUGCUCCGCUCCCUGCGCCAGCUCAAUUUAGCAGGUGUGCGCAUGACACCCCUCAAGUGCACAGUGGUGGCCACCGUACUAGGAAGCGGAAAGCACCCUCUGGAUGAGGUGAACUUGGCUUCCUGCCAGCUGGAUCCUGCUGGGCUACACACUCUCAUGCCUGUCUUCCUGCGUGCUCGGAAACUGGGGUUGCAACUCAACAGCCUGGGCCCUGAGGCCUGCAGGAACCUUCGAGACCUGUUGCUACACAGCCAGUGCCAGAUCACCACUCUGCGGCUGUCCAACAACCCACUGACAGCAGCAGGAGUUGCCUUACUGAUGGAGGGGCUGGCAGGAAACACCUCGCUGACACACCUGUCCUUGCUGCACACUGACCUUGGAGACAAGGGGCUGGAGCUGCUGGCUGCCCAGCUGGACCGCAACAAGCAGUUGCAGGAACUGAACGUGGCCUACAAUGGUGCUGGUGAUGCAGCAGCCCUGGCCUUGGCUAAGGCUGCUCGGGAGCACCCUUCUCUGGAGCUGCUGCACCUCUACUUCAAUGAGCUGAGUUCAGAGGGCCGCCAGGUCCUGCGGGACUUGGGGGACUCUGGCGACUCUGGCGAAGGUGGUGCACGGGUUGUGGCCUCGCUGACAGAAGGAACAGCAGUCUCUGAGUACUGGUCAGUGAUCCUUAGUGAAGUUCAGCGCAACCUCAACAGCUGGGACCCGGCCCGGGUCCAGAGCCAUCUCAAGCUGUUGCUUCGGGAUCUGGAAGAUAGCCGAGGCGCCACCCUUAAUCCUUGGCGCAAGGCUCAGCUGCUUCGAGUGGAGAGCGAGGUCAAGACCCUUCUGGAGCAGCUGGGAGGCUCUGGAUGCUGAGACAGUGACAGCUGCAACCUAGCUGUGGGAUCAUUUGUCCCCAAACCUUUCCCUCUAUGGUUUCCUGGUAUUCACAACUCCUUUCAGAAAGAUCUGCAGGCAAAGCAAUGCCCAUAACUGUGCUGCCCCAACCCACAAGUCCAGCUGGGACCUCAAGCUAGACUUCACAAGGUCGAAUAUGAUGAAUUGAUGCUUGAACUUGGAUACUGAGCAUGUCACCUUUUUUUUUUUUUUUUGUCUAGAAGUACUAAGGAUAUGACACAUGAGUGGUCAAAUUGCCUUGUGGCCUAACCAUCGCUCUUGCCUCUCCCUCCUCUGAAUGUGUUACCAAGUGGCACACCUCUCAUGUUUGCCAUGCUGGGGGUUCUGCCAUCUAGCAGCUGUACUGGAUGGCUUCCCAUUCCUGCCUUAUGCUUACCUCUGAAUGCAAAAUGUCUUCCCAGUGGUGCUUUCCCUAGCCUCAUGUCCCCUCAACUACACAAGUAUCAAUGGCUCAAGCCACUAAGGACAA